AACUCCGCAUUUGUCGUUCUUCGCGUAACGCACACCCUUCAGUUUAAUCCAAGAUUGGCCGACAUAUUCAAGAAUGGUCCGAAUAGCCAAAGGCUCUGCGACAUUUACAUUGACGAUGUCGAGGAUGAAACGGAUGGAUGGGGCGCAGUUUCCGUCCAUGGCUCCGGUGAAAAAGUCCAGUAGCGCGAUGGCGCACGGAAAAAUGCAGCAGCAUCAGCAGCAGCAGCAGCAGCAAUCGAUAGCAGUGGUGGCUGGAGGAUCCCACGCGGAAGCUCAGGCAAAUGGGGCACCGGAAAUGGUUAGGCCAAAGAAGAAGGCAACGUACGAGCUGAUGUUUACGACCAACAGCAACGACUACCGUUGCAACUUGUGCGGAGUGUCAAAACUUCGACGUCAGCAGAUCAUUUCGCACGUGCACAACCGCCACAGCGAGCUACGUUCAUACAAGUGUCAGAGCUGCGGCAAGAGCUUCAAGCGCGCGUUCACGCUGAGCGCGCACCUGCUGUCGCAGCACGACCCCGACAGGCCUGUCUACUCGUGCGACAAGUGCAGCUUCAGCACGACCAAUCGCGGCUCGUUCAUAUCUCACUUCUACAGGCUUCACGGUGACGGCCAGCGGUUCACCUGCUACCACUGCGGCAGGCAUUUUAAAUCGAAGCUCAAGCUCGCCGAGCACAUUGCCAUCCACGGCGACGCCUGCUUCAUGUGCGAAAUCUGCGGCAAGCUAUAUCGUGGCCGACACUUGCUGCGCGCGCACCUCAGCACCCACAGACUUGCCACAAGGCCCGACAGCUUCGCCUGCAAAACCUGCCACAAAAAGCUUAGCUGCCAGAGGGCGCUCGAUCAGCACGUCAAGCUGCACGAGCGAGCUUUCGAAUGCCACGAUUGCGGUCUCAAAUUCUCCACCAAGAGGCGGCUUUUCCAGCACCGCAAUACCCACACCAGGGAAAUGGCUCUGACCUGUCCCGUUUGCGCUAAAGUCUUCGCCUCGCCCACCAUCCAGAAGGUGCAUUCGCUCGUACAUGUCGGCCUGAAGCCCUACAGAUGCAACGUCUGCGGUGCGGCCUUUACCCAGAGGACGCCAAUGAUGGCCCACUGGAGGAAGAAGCACCCCGGAGAGACGGAGCUUCCACCGCCCGUUCGCCUGAACGAUCUACUCGGCAGCCGUCACAGUGGACAACAUUUUUAGUCCUUUGUUGUUUUCUUGUUUGCCGAAGCAGACGCCGACGUCGCUGGCACGCGCACGCUCGCAAUCAUGAUUGCACGUCGACCAGUCGACGACAGCCCUAAAGCUAAAACCAACCUCGAUAUAGUCCGAUGCCAUGUUGCGCUUCAUUCGCACGAAUCUACGAUAAAAUUAAUCUUUAAGUUUGUGCAAGAUUGUCUGUCGUAAGAAGGUGCGUAAAUUGGUAUUUUACUAGGUUUUUAGCUUAUUUAUAUAUGCAAACUUGCCAUUACAAAGUGUCAUUAAUGCCUAAUGCUGUAAGGAUGAGAAUAAGCAUAUUUGAAUGAUACGACGCCAAAUAUAAAUCAGUAUUUCUUAUUGAGAUAUCUAUAUACGUGUGUACAUGUAUGAGUGUAUAUAAUUUUUUCGUAAGUUGAAAAAUAUUUAGCUCUUUUUACCCUCAUUUAUACAAGCUUCGUUGUAACUUAUCACAUAUUGAAUAAAGCUAUUUUCAUAGGGCAACGAGGCAGUCUUUGUGUCGGAACGCGAACUAUCUCAAUUUUUUCCUCUUCAACUCCUCUAAUUGUAAGUUCGUAAAAGCCUGCUGCUCAGCAACGACUUGUCUCGUCGGUUAUUAGUCGCGCGAUUGUUCAAAGCGAUAACCAUCGACUUAUCGUCAAGUCUGGAUGCCUCACGCACGAAGGGACUAGCUUGAUUGAUGAACUUAGUGGCAGUUGUGCUAACUGA